GUACGAAUUUAUUCCAACAUUAACCGCCAACAGCGAAAGUUAGGUUAUUGAUAGUAAUAAUAUUUAUGUUCGUUUAUGUGCAUACAAUAUACAAAUCAUUAGGAUCGAGGAAAAACCAUUUGCUUAAAAAUAAACUCAGUUGCGUAGUUAUUCAUUUGUACUAUAAACGCUGUAUAAACGAUUUCUGAUAUAGGAAUAACAUCUUCAACAUGGAAGUGUCUCCCAUGGGCAAUUUGCCUUGCAGCAAAGACUUGUGGUCCAUAAUAUCUGGCACAACAUGCUGCUGUGCCAAAGAGACUGUCGAAGAUGAAAUAAAAAAUGGAACUGUUUUACUCAAAGAGGGGCUUCAGUUUUUUAAACCAUAUACAGAUGCAUCAUUGCAAACCAUCUCUAAAAGAGAUCCACCUCCUCUUCAACAGAUGUAUGAUUUGAUCAGUAAACUUGCACCGCUUAUUAACUUGGAUGCUACAAUUACCUGGGAUCUUGUGUGCAAUUUUGUGUCCUAUGAAUAUAGAAAUUGCGCAGAGACAUUUGCAACACAGCUUACUGAUCUUACUUCUAUAAAAAGUUUAAUCGAUGAUAUUUGGAACUUUUAUUACUCAGAGAGAGUAACCUUAAUAAAAUGUCUUAAACUUAUGAUUGAGUAUAAAGAUAAUGAAAGGCAUCCUUAUCAUAAAGAAUUUGCAAAAUUUUUUGAUGAAAUCUUGAUGGGAAAUCUACUUGAAUCUAUACGAAAGCAAAUAAAAGCAUUGAAAUUUGUAAAUCCGCCUACACGGUCGCAAUUCUGUACUGAAGAUUAUUUGCAUAGAUUGUAUAAUAGUACAUUGAUUGAAAUGCGCGAAUUGCUUCACAUAUUGACUGUGAUCAUACAUGAUCUACAUAUUGCUGAUCAUGAAUUUGUUAAGUUCUAUGGAAGCAUUGGGGGUGAACCUAGACGAUUAGCGAGUACAAAAAGUCAUGAAGACAAGGAAGUUAUCACUAAAAAAAUUGAACAGAUACAGUACAGUCAAAUAGGAUUAUUACUUGUAGCAUUAGAUGUGACAAAACACACUGCUAUGGAAGAUUGGAUAAAUAAUAUCAGAAGUAGCAUGCAAGAAAUCUUUGAACACAAAUGCGUCCGUGAAAAUUCACCGCAAGAUGGACCAUUACUUCUAUCAUGGAUGUUAGCUAAUUAUGCAAUUGAUUCAGAUAAUAUGGAUACAUUAAAUCGCUUCAGACCGUUUGGUAUUAAAGCUAUACAGCUCGAUGUGUUCCACUAUUUGCGGGAUUUAAUGAACUGCGAAAUGUUUCAAGAAGAAACCUACUAUGCUGAAGUCGUGCGAAGCAGCGUUUACAAUCUUCUCACUUUAGUGUGCGCUUUUGUCGACGAAGAUCGAUUAAGUGCUUUAAAUGGUAUUUUCGAUGCCAUGGCUGCUACAAUUAAGUUUCCAGAAUGCGCGGCAAGAUUUUGGGACGAACGAUACGAUGGCUUGUGGCCGAUUUAUAAAGUUGCUGUGGAAGUAUAUCCUUACAAGUUUGAACCUUUAACCAGUAUAGCUAUUGGUCUUGCAUCCACGACCAUUACGAGUGCCAAGAAGAUUGCAUCGGAAUUGGAUAAUCUACAAACAGUGACUCUAGAAGUUCCACGUCAAAGAGAUCAUAAUAAAUCGUUACAACCAUACAAAGCGGAAUGUAUAAUUCAAAAGAACUUGUUUACUAUAUCCAGCAAUUGUGUACACGAGAAUAUUGCCGUGUUAUCUGCAGAAAAAGAAGUGGUUUUGUUUCAUACAAAGACGAGUUACUGGCACGCCUUACAUCACAAGAUAGAACAGUUAUUUUGUCAAGCCAGCGGUGGAAUUGCAAAUAUCAGCGCAGUAAAGACAAAUUUACCGGAACACGUUUGUCACGGUCUGAAAUUAUUGGAAACAUUACUGGCCAAGGAUAUCGAUAUACCAUCAAGCAUGGUCAUUCCCACGGAAUUGAGUUUUGAAAUUAUUAACAGAUUCUCAUAUCCGGUUCUACCAACGAAUUUGUACAAAAUCGUCGCCGUGUGCAUCGGUAUUUCAUCGAAAUUGGUUUUGAGAUAUCCCGAAGACAUUCUCUCGCGUAUGAGAUCAGGUAUCUACCCGAGAUUCAAUAAUUGGUAUCAGAAGCCGGUAGACUUCGCUGAAGCAAUCUCCUUCGACGGCGGUCUCGUCGCAUCAUGGCUAUCAGGAAUAGAAACCAUCGAACAUACUUAUCCUAUUCUACGCGCGUUUUUAGACACUUUAUACAAUUAUCUAAUCGCGAAACAUAGUAAGGAGGCUAUGUAUACCAUUGAGAUACCGGGUAUGGUAUUCCUAUUACAAGCUGUUUUACCCAAAUUAGACUCAUGGUAUUUUGAAUCCAACGCAGAAAGAAUCGACUUAUGGUUGAAGAGCAUGUUCUGUAUCCAUCGAGCUCUAGAAUCUACUCUAUCCAAGAACGAUAUCCGCAACGAGUUGCAGCUUAUUGUAGUAUACAGUCUGCUUUAUUUGGAGCCGCGUCAUGCACUGCUUAAAUUACUACGAACAGGCGAACGCACAUUGCAUAAUAAAAUGAUCACGGAGACCGAUUGGAUUAGUGGAAAAGGAUUUAAAACUAUCAAAAGCGUAGAAUUAGCCUUGUCGAUAGUCAAUCGACUCUUAAUGUUUAGAAAGUCUUUGGGUCUCGAACUGGGUGAUAGAUCGCCUCUCGAGAUUGCUCUGUACUCUUCUCCGAGAGUACCUAAUGGACUUCUCAUAGUGCCGACCAUUGUCAACUAUUUGUACGUUUGGUUUAGUCCUUCAUUGCAGAAAAUGGCAGUUAGAUUACUGAAGAAGUUUGCAGAAGAAUUUUCUAUGUCCUUGCUCGUUUGUAUGGGAAUGGAUGGUACCUCUAUACGAGAAACCUUUGCAUUUCGAUUGACGCUACCAACAUGCGCGAUUGAAGUAAAAGUCGCAAUCCUAGAACUGGUCGCCGUGUGUCUGGAGAAACAACCUGGCUUAACGGAAGCCCUCUUCAAUAUCAUGCAUCAAGCGGAACGCAAGAGAAUCUUCCCACGCCCAGCUGAUGAGUUUCUUACGGAGGGCUGUAGUCAAUUCCUGGACUCAUAUCUGGAAAGAAUGUACAAGGAAAGUGACAUUGUGUGCGACAAGUUGUAUGAUAGCACGAUGGCAGUAUUACGCGCCAUGUGGUAUUACAGGAACGAGAUUCUUGUCAAUUUCUUUCGAAAGCGAGAGAAAUUCUGGAGCCACUUAUUCGCGCCACUUUUCAAGCCUCUGGUCUCGGGGGCGAAAGGUUAUUCUCAAUUAUUAGACGUAAUUACAUUAGAAUUGUACAAAAGCCCACUACUCGAAGACAAUUUCAAAAAUUUAAAGGAACUCUUGGACAAAUCCAAGGAUCAUUGGAAGAAAUUAGCCAUAUAUGUUUUCGAUGUUACCGCAAACAACAACGAAGACGAGAAUGUUAAGGAAGAGCAUAUGAAACAGGACAAAAUUAUCGACCCGUUAUACGAAAUUAAUUUAGAGUCUUGGUAUCAUUUUAUUGUCAUGCUAACUGAUGAUCGAACGGCUAAACAUUAUCCAAUUAAUGUAACGCAGGCGCAUCUUCUGACUCAGCUGGCUUUGGAUUCUUUAUUAGAACGAGUGAAAGAAUCCAAUGAUUCCAGUAGCGGUAAGAUUCCGAUGUUACUGGCCUCUUUGUCCUUGAGAUGCAUUACUUCUUGGAAGCAGAUGUGCGUUGGCGACUCGAGGAUCUUCAAGACCAGAUUGUCACAGCUCACGCAAGAGAUCGCACAGACUUACCGUGGCUUUGGAAAAGCCCUACGCCAAACGAUGAUCUCGUUACUGCUUGGAUGCGUGCAACUGGUGAAAAGUACUUUAGCCGAGGAUUCAGCGAGCUUGGAAUAUCUCUUGGCGCAUUCCUGCACAAUCGCUAUUUGCGAAUUAGAAGAACUGAAGGAAGCUGCCUUCCAACUAGAACGUCGAAAGCAACAAAGCAUCUCCGUCGAGCUCAUCAAGACUGAAGAGAGAGAUACACAGAAGAAAGCUGACUGUCACAGCGCGGAGACUCUUCGUGGUAUACGCGAAAGUUUACCGGCGACAUUAGCUGUCUGUAUGGUGACGCAGUUAUUACGAUCAUACGUCGAACGCAAUGCAAAUUUUAAGCAUCGUCUACGAGCCAGUUGCGUACAACUACGUCAAAUGACUGAACUGAUGGCGUGUGUCGGUUACACGCUGCAAAAAUAUCCAUAUUUUAAAUUUAGCAUAGCGGCUCUGAGUCUGCUGGGUGUUAUAUCGCGUUCGCCGUACUGUCCGCACCCUAUCAGCGACAAUGACAUUGCGAAGCUCUGGCUCAGUCUGAUUCCGCCGGCUGAUAUCGCCAACAGUAUGCUCGACUCGUUAUACGACGAUUCGGCAAACGGUCGAUGGCGUUGCCAGGAUUGGUGGCCGUUGUAUACUCUGGGUUUGGAGUUUCUGAUAGGUCUGGUGACCAGCGAAUCGUACAUGAUCUACAUCAAUCAUGUGGUUCUUUUCUUAAACUCUCACGAACACCAGUUAAUGGUUGUCUCUACCUUAUUGAGACACACCGCUGAUCUGUUGGCCGCCGAUCUCAUACAAUCGCUGGUCGCUCUUAUACACGCUGUAGCCACGCAAACGUAUGUUUGGAACGCAAUUCCGUCGAGCGUCCGCAAGACUCUGAUCAAGUGCAUGUAUCUGGUAUACGACAGUACCGUGAACUUGCUGUUAAGACCACGGAUACUCAAGUUCAUCAUUGACGGUAUCAGCGUGGAAAGUGCCGAAGAGCUCGAGUCCUGCGACAAUCGAUUGCCUAGUGGCGAGUUGAAGCUACUGGUGAACAAACUGAUUGUCAUAAACACGACUUGCGCGCUAAGUUUUGUUCAUUUCUCGCCGAAACUGAACACCCUCGUGGAUACGAUAUAUACUCAGAAUUAUUGGUACACUCCGAUGGCAGAGAUGAAUUUUGGUCCACCGCAGAUGAGCAUGAGUUCCGGUCCGCGACUUACCUACGGUGCGAUCAUCAGUUCAACGCAGCUGUUCACCCAGGCUCUUCAUUCCCGUUCGCAACCCGUUGUUUCGUUACCAGUAUCUUCGAUCCAGCACUCAAUCGGACGCGAGGAUAAAACUGAUUCCGCGAAGAAGGAAUGGGAACGCGCCGCACCGGAGAAUCUUCGACGUAUGCACACGAGCAAGGAUCUACGAAGGAUUAUUCAUGCGAGCUCAGCUUCAAUUUCUAGAACGUCGACAUCCAACAUCGGUCCCGGAGAAUUUCUAGGAUAUCCGGUCAGCGGUCUGGACGUCACCGUGCCAUUGCUUAGCAGUCCUAGACUCGUACGUCGUCCGUACGAUCCGUUGAUAUGCGAAAAUACGAUUCUUUCGAGGGCAACCGCUCUGGCGACCGGUAGACACGUCACGAAGAGCAGCAGCAGCAACACCGGAGGUAACGGUAGCCCGAUCAUAGCGAGAAAUCAUCGAUUCUGCGAUCCGUGGUUUGAGUCCAUGGACGAGAACAACACGCGACUUGCACUGGAGAUCAAUCUUAUCCUGAUACUGUCUCAAGCGCUGGAAGGUGUGAAGAGUCCUAGACUCGCGUUGCGAGACCGUCAACUCAUAGCACGAGAGACUGCUACAGAGCUGGGGGUCUUCUUCGAUUUUCUGGAACACCGUGGUACACCCGAUAUCUGGCAGGUGAAGGGCUCCUUGAUAGACGCGGAUACACGGAGCUCUAGGACUAUUCAGGAUACGAGAGAUCCGAUACAAACGAAUUUACCAGCAAGACUCCAGAAGAACAGUACCGUUGACAAAGCACCGGUGUGUUCGCCCGAUCACGAAGACUCUUCCAUGGAAGUAAGCCAAGUCGAGACACGAGAGAGAAGACUUGACGACAGCAUCCUUACAACUGGUGUUUUCAAAACGAAUGUCAGCAGCGUGCAAUUCUUGCCGUUGAUGGGGAAAUUGCUCAAGACAGUCGUGGAAUCCUUGGACUCGGCACAAUUCCGAUAGUGUUUGUGAAAGUAUAUCUUUAAAAAACAUAGUGCUUAAUGUAUAAUUAAUAUAUUCUGGAAGAGAUUAGAUCUCUUAAUAUUCCAGUAUGUUUGAUAGACAUUUAAUAUGUGAAAGUGGACACUCGAUAGAUUUCUAAUAUUUAAACUGUGACUGCACACCUUUGUAUCAUAUAUCAUUUUUUAUAAUUUGGUACAAAAUUGUACAAAAUGCGCAAAU